UAAAUUUCUCUGAAUCACUCUCUCUUUUUCCUACGUUUUGUUUAAAUUUUCUAUGGCCUGUGUGUUUGUGUCUCUGAGUCUGCGACUUAGCUGCUUGUGUGGUUUGAUUUUGAUGCAUGGCUCUGAUGUGGUUCGAUUUUGUUUGGUGUUUUGAAAACAAAGAUGGAUCGGUACCAGAGAGUGGAGAAGCCAAGAGCAGAGACGCCAGUUGAUGAGAAUGAGAUUAGGAUUACGAGCUGUACAUACCACAUAUAUUACAUACCGCCAAGCAUAAUCAAUGACCUCAUAGGUGGGCCCCACGACAUGGCUAGCCCCGCCUAUGGCAUGCAUCCGGUAGGCCGACACCCGAGCUACUUUGUCAUGGUGGAGAUCGGCCGGUAUCUAGUUGGGAGGCCACCCUCCCAUGCUCCCCAAGAGGCUUCAAGAGAAGCAAUAUGUACAUUGUAUCCCACAUCUCGUUCCGUAUUCUUCAACAGAAACACGAGCCAAGGGAGGAUGCGAAACUACAUCACUUACGCCAUGACUCUGCUUCAGAACAAGGGUUCGAACGAAAUUGUUUUCAAGGCUAUGGGAAGAGCUAUCAACAAGAGUGUGACGAUUGUGGAGCUAAUUAAGAUAAGAAUUGUCGGUCUUCACCAGUAUACUACAAUUGGAUCCACCGACAUAACUGAUACUUGGGAACCCCUUGAGGAAGGCCUUCUACCCUGGUGCGUGCUCUAGGUGGAGCUGUAGCGUCGUCUUCGCUUUUGGGGGUUUCUUGUUUCUCUAGUUUGUGUUCUGUGGUGUUGAAAGUUGGAGAGAGAUCGAUUGAUAUGGGAAUGAAGUUAAUUUUGGAACUUGGUCCGUACAUUGAGGAGCUCACAAAAACAGGAGGUGCCAUAAAGGAGUUUGUUAACCCAAAAUACAAGGAUGCUAGUAAGACUUCAUUCAAGUCCUCAACUCGGUUAGUAUAUGAUGCAAGACUACCCAAAAACUUGGGAAGAUCAGAGAUGCUCAAGCUUCAAUCAAAUUUUGUACAAGUACUUUCACUUUUUGUUAGACUAGUCUGUAGCACUUAAAUGCAAAUAUGAAACUAUCUAAACAAUGGAUAUGUUAAUUCCUCUGUUGGGAUUAAAUAGUUUUUGGAAUUAAUGGAUGCGUUUCUGGAAUCA